UUCUAAUGAUCAUACUCAACCUUCAAAAAAACCUACUGACUCCUCAUCCCUACAUUCCUCUAUACCCAAAGCCAAACCUAAAAUUGUUCAUCCUAUCUUGACUUCCCAGUCUUUCUUGCCCCCCACUAUAUCGCCUACUUACAUCUCCAACAGCACAACUUCUUCCGACUUAUCACAUAAUCCACCAGCAAUAAUUGGAAUAAUAAUUUCUUCAAUAAUAGCAAUAAUCGUUCUUGUUUUAAUAAUAAAGAAAACUACUUUUGGCAAAAUCUCUAUUGAAAAAAGACAAUUUAGUCUUGGUCUCGGUGCUAAUAACGAUCCUUCAUUCGAUUUAAAUGAUUUUCAACAAAAUCAAGAACUAACUUCUAAAUUUUUUAAAAAAUUUGAACUUUUUGAUACAUUUAAAUGGUGGAUCGCAAAUAUUUUUAAUCGGGGUAAUCGUAAGUUCAGAUUAAAUAGUUUAAUUAUUUCGAACAAUAUAGUUAUUAUAAACAAUCAUGAUAUGAAAAAUAGUAAUUUUGUUAAUAUUGAAGAUGAAACAUUUGAUUAUGGGGUUGGGGUUUCAAGUAUUAGUGAAACUGAAAUAUCUUUCCCUGAUAUACUUCCUCAUGCUUUGAAUUGGGAAGAAUAUAUAUUGUAA